AUGUACUGCCGUACCCUGUCCAUAAUCUUUGUUGGAAAUUUAUCCUUUGUUAACGACGACCUCGGGAAUAUCCCACGCUUACCAACACACUUUCUUGCUCACCUGGCAUCAAUAUCGAUUGUGCAGCGACUAAGACUCAUCAAAAUGGCAGUAUCUUCAAACUUUCAUUUUCCCAUCCACGGAGUCUCCAACGAUCGCCUCAAACUUGUGCCCUUCGAUCCAGAGCAGCAUUGUGAGUCAUUCUUCCGCCUCUCAUCAAACCACCCAGAGAUAUACGCGCACAUGCCCAUGUUGCCUCCAAAGUCAACCGCGGAGCUCAAAGAUCAUUUCUACGACAACCCACCAGGAGGCAUCCUCUCAUUUUCUAAUCCUGAAUCAUUCGCCUUUGCCAUAAUCGACAGGACACGCCCUGCAUCUCCCGAGGAUUUAGAUGGUGAACUGGCCGGCACCAUCAGCUUUAUCCGUGCCUCAGCUACAGACCUCUGCGUGGAAAUUGGGUUUAUUGUGAUCUUACCACCGUACCAACGCACCCAUGUAGCAACGCACGCUGUUGGACUUGCGUUGCAGCUUGCUUUGAAACCGCCAGAGCUGGGGGGACUUGGAUUGUGCCGAGUACAUUGGACGGCGAACUCGACCAAUUUGGCCAGUGUCAAGCUCGCCGAGAAAAUGGGAUUCGUGCAAGUCGGAAUGAUUCCGUGGCAUAUGCGAUUUAUCAAGGGUAAAGUUCAUGGAAAGGUUGGGAACGGGAGAGAGCUUCCUUCUGGGAGUGAUCCCGAGGAUGUAUGGAGGGAUUCUUUGAAUCUUAGUUUGGGGUGGGAUUUAUGGAGAGAUGGGGCUAGAGAGAAGGUUAUAAAAGCAAUGGAUAGAUAG